UAAUAUUAAAUAGUGUGUUAUUAAUAUUAUUUUUAAAUAAAAUAUGGGAGAGUUAUUAUCAUUGUCUCUUGGUUUAGCUUAUAUUUUUAAAAAAUCUAAAUCACGAAAUCCCAACGAGAUUAACAUAACUCCUAUUGCCCUUAUUGGCACUAAUACCAGUGUCUACCAGUACUGUCCCUUCAACUCUCAACAUGACUACUAUACAGAAAGAGAUAAAAGAUAGAAAGUCCCAAUAAACAAUUAACAAUAACAAUAACCUCUCUCACUCUAUCUUCUUUGCACUUUGUUUCUUUCAAACAAAAUGAAGAACAAUUCAAAUCCCAAACUAAUACUCCUCCACCCUUCAAUUCACAGACAAACCCCAACACCACCCUUUCUCUCUAACCGCCUCUGUCUUUUCUUCUUCCUCCUCACUUUUUUCACCAUAGUCUUCGCUCUAUCUCUCAUCACUACAAUCAACUCAUCCGCCGCAAACUCCGCCGCAUCCUCCUCCGUCUCACCUCUUCCAUCCUCUGUAACCAAAGCCCUUCUCCACUAUGCCUCAUCCUCUAACUCCACCACCAAAACCAUGUCUUUCUCCGAAAUUAACGCCAUUGCAACCACUCUUCUCCUUAAACCACAUCCAAAUUUCCUCAUUUUCGGUCUCACCCACGAAUCACUCCUCUGGUCUGCUCUGAAUCACAAUGGUCGCACUGUGUUCAUCGAUGAAAACGAAUACACAAUCUCUAAAUUCGAACAAACAAACCCAGGAAUCGAAGCUUACGAUGUUCAGUUCACAACAAAAGUUAGCGAACACCUUAAGCUUCUUUCUCAAACGAAAGCAGAGUCAAAACGCGAUUGCAAACCUGUGCAGAAUCUCUUGUUCUCAGAAUGCAAACUUGGAAUCAACGAUAUGCCGAAUCACGUUUAUCAAAUCUCUUGGGACGUGAUUCUGGUGGAUGGACCGCGGGGGUAUUUUCCGGCAGCUCCGGGGAGAAUGUCGGCGAUAUUUACGGCGGCGGUUUUGGCUCGGAGCAAGAAAGUGGGAAAGACUCAUGUGUUCGUACAUGAUUUUGGGAGAGAAGUGGAGAAGAUUUUCAGUGAUGAGUUUCUUUGUGAAGAGAAUUUGGUUCAUAAUGUGGAUCAGUUGGGGCACUUUGUGGUGGAGAGUGUCGCCGACAACGCUGAAACUUCUCAAUUUUGUAGAAAUUCUACUUCCUUGUUGUCUUUGUCGGUGUCAAAGUAUGUUGAUUGAGGAAUUACAGCAAUCUUUUUGUCCAAUCUGUAAAAUUAUAUAUUUUUUUUAGCUUUUCCUUUUUUGAUGUAUAUUUUUAAUGAAAAGAAUUGUACUUUAAUUUUGCUUUACUAUAUUGGAAUGAUUUUUCCCCUAAAAAGAGGGUGGGAACGGGAGAAA